AUGACCAAGUGGGCUCCGUGGGUGCUGACAGUCCUCAUGUUGGCCAGGGUUCUGGCUGUCCCAGUGACCCCUUUCCCAGCUCUCCAGAUCUUCCCUCAGAACUGUUCUCAGACCACUCCUUGUCUUGUGGCUUCAGUAAGCCCCUCAGCUACCACCACAGGUCUGUCCUCUGCAUUGAGUCGCCCCCGCCCUGGCCCCCGCCUUGGCCCACGCAUCACCCUCUCGCUGGACGUCCCCAUCGGCCUCCUGCAGAUCUUACUGGACCAGGCCCAGACCAGGGCUGCCAAGGAGCAGGCGGCUGCCAAUGCCCACAUCCUGGCCCAUGUUGGCUGA